AUGGGCUACUUCACUUUUAUUGCUCCUUUCCUUCAAUCAUUAUCAGAAGCUCGAGGUGCAGCAGCAUCAGUGUUUCGACUUAUUGACGAAGGAAAUGACAUAAAUGUCAAUGAAACAGAUGUAUGGAAAGAGGAUAAAGAAUCAAUUUAUAAUAUCAAUGGUGAUAUUGAAUUUGACAAUGUUAACUUUAUUUAUCCAUCUCGACAAGAUACACCAGUUCUGCAUAAACUCUCUCUUAUCGCUCGUGCUAGUCAGACGACUGCUCUUGUAGGUUCAAGUGGCUGUGGAAAAAGUACAUGUAUAUCACUUUUUCUUCGUUAUUAUGAACCUUCAUUGGGUCGAAUAACAAUCGGUGGUCGGUCGAUAACAGACUAUAAUGUCAAACAACUUCGACAAAACAUUGGAGUUGUUAGUCAAGAACCUAUUCUAUUUAGUGCAAGUAUUUAUGAAAAUAUUCGUUUUGGUAAACUAAAUGCAACACGAGAAGAAAUUGAACAAGCAGCACGAGAAGCAAAUGCACAUAGUUUCAUCAUGCAGUUACCUAAUAAAUAUGAAACACUUGUUGGUGAACGUGGUAUGCAGUUAAGUGGUGGUGAGAAGCAACGUAUUGCAUUAGCUCGUGCUCUUGUCAAACAGCCAACAUUUCUUUUAUUGGAUGAAGCAACAAGUGCACUUGAUAAUAUUAGCGAAAAAAUUGUUCAAGAAGCACUCGAGCGAGCAUGCGAAGGUCGUACAACUAUUGUAAUUGCUCAUCGUUUGACUACAAUUCAAAAUGCUGAUCAAAUAUAUGUAUUAGAUAAUGGAAGUGUGAUUGAGCAAGGUACACAUGAAACAUUAAUGGCAAAAGAAGGAGGUAAAUAUCAAGCAAUGGUCAAACGACAACAAAUAGAAAGAAUCCAUGAUGAUCAAGAUGAUCAGAUGAGCAUAGAAAAAGCAAGAGAAGAUGAUAAACAGUCGAUAUUUGAACGCUCUCGUUUACUUAGCGAUAUUCAAACUGUUGAUAUGAACAAAUAUACAGCUUUUGCCAUAUCAGGAUCGAGGUUGACGCAGCGUAUUCGCUCGAAAGCCUUUGCAUGUCUUCUUCGUCAAGAAGUUGCUUAUUUUGAUCGACCUGAAAACAGUUCUGGUGCGAUUUGUACUCGUCUUUCUUCUGAUGCAUCAGCCGUUCAAGAGAUGGCUGGUACUCGAUUAGGAGCCAUUUGUGAAGCUAUCGCACUGGGUCUUUGGUUUUGCUAUUUUUGCGCUCGAAAUGCUAAGAAUCAUGGCGAUGAUGUAACACUCCCAAUUUCUACUUCGAUUUUAUUCUUCUACUGUUGCCAUCCUAGAUCUAGCCGUAUCGCUUCAACAAUCUUGGGUGCUGAAGCAUUUUUUGAUUUAUUUGAUCGAAUACCAACUAUCGACAAUGCAUCUACUGAAGGACAAGAAUUGGUUGAUUUUCGUGGAGAGAUAAAAUUUGAUCAAGUCAAAUUUAUUUAUCCAACUCGGCCAACAUCUAUUAUUCUUAAAAGACUUCAAUUGAAUAUCAAGCCAGGUCAACGUGUGGCUCUUGUUGGUAGAUCUGGAUGCGGAAAAUCAACAAUUAUUCAACUAUUGGAACGAUUCUAUGAUGUUACAAGUGGUCAAUUAUUUCUUGAUGGUGUUGAUAUUCGACAACUAAACUUACAAUGGGUUCGUUCUCAUUUUGGUCUUAUAAGUCAAGAACCAAUCUUGUUCGAUUUAACAAUUUCUGAAAAUAUAGCAUAUGGCUUAGAAAAUGUUUCAAUGGAAGACAUUAUCAAUGCAGCAACUAGAGCUAAUAUUCAUCAAUUUAUUGACCAAUUGCCUCAAGGUUAUAAAACAAGAGUAGGAUUGAAAGGUAGCUUUCUAUCAGGUGGUGAGAAGCAACGUAUUGCUAUUGCUCGAGUUCUUCUUCGUCGACCUAAAGUAAUGCUCUUAGAUGAAGCUACAAGUGCCAUGGAUUCAUACAAUGAACAAAUUGUACAAGAAGCACUUGAACAAGCUCAAAAAGAAGAUUCUAGUCGAACAUCACUCAUUAUUGCUCAUCGUCUUUCAACUAUUCGUUCAUGUGAUUUGAUUUGCGUAAUUGAUGACGGACAUAUAGUGGAAAGUGGUACUCAUACGGAAUUGAUACAACGACAUGGAAUUUAUUAUAAAAUGCUUCGUCAAAACAUUAAACAUGAUGAUUUAUGGCGAAUGACAGAUCAACAACCUGAAACAAUAUAUACAUUUGAUCUUGAAUUAAAUUCAAGUAUAACUGAUAAUGAUAAAUGUUAA